GUUGAAAGGGUUGCCAUGGGUAACAGUUUAUUCUACACUGCGCAGGCGCUGAGCCGGUCUCUUAGCAACGCGUGGCUGGUUACCGGCGACGGUCGAUCGCGGCUGAUGGAUCAGGUGGUGUGUAACGACGUGUUGGCGACCAGGUCGCCUCCUCUUCGGGAUGGUCACCACGGCCAGGGAGAGCAAACGGGGGAAAGUAGGAGCAGCCCCGGUGAAGGUGGACCGGGAAUGCAGGGCAAUCGUGAAACCCGAGAGGUAGGAAGGAGGCAGGACGAUGAUGAGGAGCAAGUCACGGCAGAGGCAGGGGAUCGUGUUGCGCUUGAAAGCCACACGGACCGCAUUGCAAACAAGUGCCUGAUCGGGAACUGGCAGGAAGAGCGAAAUUCAGCUCCCAUAGAUCAGCAGCAAGCCAAAACCACAUCACGUGCCUUAGCUUUCAAGAAUGGGUAUAAAGGUCUGCUAAGUAUUGAUUACUUGUCAAGAAUGUCUGGCAUAUCUACGUACAAAGAAUUUUAUCACCCUCCCAGUGGACCAGAAGAACGGGAAAUAGGCAUAAAGAAACAAUUAUUUGAAAAAUACAUGUAUCACAAGAUAAGUAAGGAAGUAUAUGAUGAAUACAAAGAAUCCUUUGAAAUACAGCCGAUGGAAUCACUGUCUGUAACAGGGCGGGACUUCAAAAUGGAAGGUUUCAAAUCUGUUCCACGUCCUCCUGUUAUGCGUCAUGAUUAUAAAACUGAACAACCUAUCACAAUCUGGUCGGACCAUGUUAAGCAAGUACAGGGUGUUACUGAAAUAAAGACUGGUGAUACUCCAUUCAGAAAAAAUGCCUCAUUUACCAGACCAAUAAUGGAAGCCUUGGAUACUUAACAAAAGCUGGAAAAGAUUCUGGCUCCUAGACACAGAAAUGAAUCAUUAACAGAAAUCAGACGGAAAGGAUUUAUUGUACUUGUUACUGCUCAGUACCUUUUGAUAGAGUAUUUCCAUUGUUCAUAUAUGAUCAAUUUAGAAAAAAAAUCAAUUAAAAAUAAAAUUAGAAAUAAAAAUAAUUAGAUCCUUGUACUGUACACAGCAGAUCAGUGUGACUGAAAAUUGUCUAUUUUGAUGAUAAAGAGUUAGAAAAUGCAGGUAAUUUCUGAUCCGCUGGGAAUUUCCAGAUUUUUCUUUUUCUGUUUGAAAUGUUCAACUUCUGCACACUCUUAACAAUCUCAAACACUGCCCAGUAAAUUUUAAAACUGUACACUCCAAGCCAAUGGUUUUCUGCUCAUUAUCCAUUAAAGUUAUUGGCCAGAAUUUUAUACAUUAUUACCUCCUGCUCUUCUGCCAAUUAACUUUAAUGAAUAGCAAAUUUCAAGCAAGGCACCAACAGCAUAUACUAGUGGAAUUCAAUUUUAUAAAACUUUGGAUGUAUGAUUUUAAUUUUGUAAUUUAAAGUGAUUGGAACAAACAGACCUGAAAACUAAUGACAUGACUAAAAUAAAAUGAUGAAAGCAUGCUCACUUUCCCAGUUCUGACAGAGAAGCUGCCUGCCUCGCUGGUUGUUCUCAGUGCUUUCUGUUCAUGCUUUGCACGUCAAGCUUCUGCAGCUUUUAUGAUGUACAUUUACUGUAUUCCUGAAAACUAAUCAACCAACUCGGAGUUUAUAACAAUGAUGGAAUGAAUCUGAUGAGCCUGGGAAGCACAAUGGCAUUUCACUCUAAGAUGCACAAGUUGGAUUUUUCACAUUUUAUUCAUUUCAAAAUUGUUGGAAUGCAUCCAAAUCAGCAUUAAGAAAACUGGGCUAGUCACUAGGUGGGGUGGUAAGAAAAAUGCACUGCUGGCCAACUGCUGGAGAGGCAAGGCAAACAGGUCCAGCCAAAAAAACAUAACAGAUCAGGACCUUUGACAUGGAAUUCCAGGCUGUCAAACCAGCCAUGGGAAAUUUUUGCAUGCCUUGUGUCCUCAGUAAGAUCUCAAUGCUGGCACAGGGUGUGUUGUAUGCACAGGAGAUAAGACAAUCAGGAACUCUUCCUGCUGAAAUUAUGCAGCUCUCUGGAACUUCUUUGGCAUGGUAGUCUAAAGGAGGCUGAUGAAGCAGGCAAUGCAAGCUUUCCCAAGACCAGUUGCCUUUGACAGGUAUAUUAGACUGGUCCAAUAUUCAGCACUCUGUGCUAGGGACUUCACCUUGAGGAGGAAUUCCUAUAUAGAACUGAAAAAAGGAUCAGCCAACCAGCUGAAAGAACAUACAGUUCUUAUUCAUCAUUACUUGUGAAUUUUAAAAGCUAAGUAAAUAUAUGUAGCUGAUUCAGUCGGUGUAAACUGAACUUAAUAUUACAGUGACCUACUGAAUACUGGGUCAGCCAUCUAGCUGCUAGAACAUACUAGAAUAAAUAUGUUCUUAUUCAAUAAUAGUCAAGAAUUUUAAAGCGUAAGUUUCAGUCAGUGUAAAUUGAACUCAAUAUUACAUUUAGCUCUACUAUUGAAUUUCAGGAAGAACUCUUGGGAUUUAUUUUGGAUUUCAAGCAAACCAACAUAAAAUAUAGCCAAAUAGGUUUGAUGUGACUUACAUGCAAAUGAUGUCAAUAUCAAUUUGCACAACAACUAUUUAAUACAGAUUUACUUAACUGACACAAUGUAUUGCACUUUCACAUUUGAUAUGUUGGUGAUGCUGACUUUACUAUUACCUGUUCUUUCAAUUUGUUCUUUCUAUAAAAGUUUUACCAAAUCUUUCUGUAACGAUUGGAAGUCCAAAGUCUGUAUCAGUGGACAGUCAUAAAAGUCAAACAGAAAAAUUCUAAUGGAGGUUUGCAAUUGAAUAAAUACAAGUGAAAGAAGUGAUUUUAUCUGU